AUGGCUCUUCCGCAAAGCUCUCCACCACCGAGCCCAGUAUCUACAAGGGCCAGUUCUCCGGAAAGUACUGAAAAAUGGCAUUGGGCUACAACGAUUGAGAAGUCCCAUCAAGAUGAUCUCGAUUCCGGUUAUAAUUCUCGAAAGCUUGGCGUCACUUGGAACAACCUGACCGUCAAAGGUGUCAGUGCCGAUGCCACUGUCAACGAAAACACAAUUUCCCAGUUCAACAUCCUGACGCGCGUGAUUCGUCGUCCAAAUCAGACGUCGACGCAAACAAUUCUCGAAAAAAGCCAUGGCUGUGUCAAGCCUGGCGAAAUGCUCCUCGUUCUCGGCCGUCCAGGCUCGGGCUGCACGACAUUGCUCAAAAUGCUGUCCAAUAAACGCGAAGGCUACUCCUCAAUCGAUGGUGAUGUCUGGUUUGGGAGUAUGAGUCAUGAAGAGGCGGAGGAUUAUCGAGGCCAGAUCAUCAUGAACUCAGAAGAAGAGACUUUCUAUCCGACUCUGAGUGUGGGAGAUACAAUUAAUUGCGCCACACGAUCAAAAGUACCUUCUCAUCUACCCAAAAGCAUUCCUUCGAAGAAGGAUUAUUACACCGAGACCACUGAUUUCCUUCUGAAUUCCCUUGGUAUUCAGCAUACCACAGAUACCAAGGUUGGGAAUGAGUACGUUCGUGGAGUGUCAGGCGGAGAGAGGAAGCGAGUCUCCAUCCUCGAAUGUCUCGCAUCAAGGGCAUCUGUUUACUGUUGGGAUAAUAGCACCCGCGGUCUUGAUGCAAUCAAUGCACUUGAAUGGGCAAAGGGAAUCCGUUCUAUGACUGAUGUGUAUGGAUUAUCUACGAUUGUGACACUCUACCAAGCGGGGAAUGGGAUUUUCGACCUGUUUGACAAAGUUCUCGUGCUAGAUGAAGGUCAACAGAUCUUUUACGGUCCGAAAGAUCAGGCUCGAGAAUUCAUGGAAGACCUCGGAUUCUGUCGGGACGAUGGAGGAAAUAUCGCAGACUUUUUGACUGGAGUGACUGUCCCUACUGAACGUCGAAUUCGUCCUGGAUAUGAAGCGAAUUUCCCCCGCAAUGCUACUUCUAUUCUUUCGCACUACCAACAGUCUCCCAUUUUCAAGACUAUGCAAAGUGAGUAUUGCUAUCCGACCACAGAUGAGGCCCAUCGGAAUUUGAAAGAUUUUCAAACAAAUGCUAUGCUGGAAAGAAAUCACCAAAAGAGUCAAUUCACUGUGAGCCUUUUUGAUCAAAUCUGCAUUUGUGUGGUCCGCCAGUAUCAAAUUCUAGGCGGAGACAUGACUACCUUCUUCAUUAAACAAGGCGCGAAUCUCAUUCAGGCACUAGUAGCUGGGUCUCUUUACUACAUGGCGCCGAAUGACUCUUCGGGAAUCUUCCUCAAAGGUGGCGCGUUGUUUUGGUCUGUUUUAUACAACAACAUGACCAUGAUGUCCGAAGUAGUGGAUUCAUUUACAGGAAGACCGAUCAUUCUCAAGCACAAAUCAUUUGCAUAUAUCCAUCCAUCUGCAGUUUGUAUUGCCCAGGUGGCUACAGAUGUCCCAAUGGCGAUCCUCCAGGUCACUGUGUGGUCACUCAUUGUCUACUUCAUGGUUGGACUUUCUAUGGGUGCUUCAGAGUUCUUCACUUAUUGGCUUGUUCUUUUCGUGACAAAUAUGUGCGCUUGCUCACUGUUUCGUGCCAUCGGAGCGGUUUUUGGCUCUUUCAACAUCGCCUGCCAGAUUUCUGGCUACGCUAUUUCCAUCAUGGCCAUGUAUUCAGGAUACCAAAUACAUCACACCCAAAUGCAUCCAUGGUUUGGCUGGUUGUACUGGCUGAACCCGCUUUCGUAUGCCUUUGAAGCAUUGAUGGGGAACGAGUUUCACCUGAAGCAUAUGCCGUGUGUGGGUCCUAAUUUGGUUCCUCAUGGAGACGGAUACCCCACAGAUGGCCAGUUCGCUUCUUGUGCUGGAGUUGGCGGUGCAAGACAGGGCGCAACAUCGUUGACUGGUGACGAGUAUUUGAGCUCCUUGUCCUACAGUCAUGCACAUUUAUGGCGAAAUUUCGGCAUUAUUUGUGCGUGGUGGGUAUUUUAUCUGUGUGUCAACGUUAUGGGAAUGAAUAGAUGGCGUGAUGCCUCUGACAAGGGGUCUCAGCUUCUCAUACCCCGUGAAAGACUUGCUUUCCAUCAGGCCAAGGCUCCCCUUGAUGAAGAAUCUCAACACUCAAAAGAUUCUGAGAAGCUGCAAGUCUUGAACCCGAAUCAGCCACCCAAAGCUUCUGUUUCCCUUGAGCAACAAUUGGUCCCCAACACAUCUGUUUUCACUUGGAAAAACUUGAGUUAUACCGUCAAAACACCAUCCGGCCCUCGAGUGCUACUUGACAAUAUUCAGGGCUGGGUGAAGCCCGGAACUCUCACUGCACUCAUGGGCUCUUCGGGUGCAGGAAAAACGACCUUACUGGAUGUUUUGGCCCAGAGAAAAACCGAAGGGAAAAUAGAAGGUUCAGUAUUGGUUGACGGCCAGUCUCUCCCGAUCUCCUUCCAACGUUCGACGGGUUAUGUGGAGCAACUCGAUGUUCACGAGCCUUUUGCAACGGUUAGAGAAGCUCUAGAGUUCUCUGCCCUUUUGCGUCAAAGUCGUGAUGUCCCUCAGGAUCAAAAAUUGGAAUACGUUGAUGUCAUCAUCGACUUGCUCGAGCUACAUGACAUUGCCGAUGCUUUGAUAGGAGCACCGGGCUCAGGCUACGGACUUAAUGUCGAGCAAAGAAAGCGAGUCACUAUUGGGGUAGAACUCGUUGCGAAGCCGAAGAUUCUCAUAUUCCUUGAUGAGCCCACUUCGGGGUUAGAUGGCCAAUCGGCCUUCAAUACUGUGCGCUUCUUGAGAAAGCUCGCAAACUCUGGUCAAGCAGUACUGGCGACUAUUCAUCAGCCAUCGGCACAGCUAUUCACGCAAUUCGAUCGACUUUUGCUCUUACAACAGGGUGGAAAGACGGCCUAUUUUGGAGACAUUGGAACUUCCUGCUGCGCAGUUAAUGGCUACUUCAACCAUUAUGGAGCUUACUGUCCCCCGGGGACCAAUCCAGCAGAGCAUAUUAUUGAUGUUAUCUCUGGUCAAGGUUCCACUCAAGACUGGCACAAAGUUUGGCUCAAUAGCGAAGAGAAUAAGGCUGUUAUGACUGAGCUUGAAGAUCUCAUAUCCACCACAAAGCCCAAAACCUCGAGCACGGAGGAUGCCUUCGAGUAUGCGAUGCCUCUCUCUUUCCAGACAAAAAUUGUUCUUCGUCGGAUGAAUCUGGCAAUUUUCCGCAAUACUGGUUACAUCAACAACAAGCUUCUCCUCCAUAUUGGUCUAGGCCUUUUCAAUGGGUUCACCUAUUGGCAAAUCGGAAAUGCCGUUGGUGACCUCCAGCUCAAGCUUUUCACCAUUUUUGUUUGGAUGUUCGUCGCCCAGGGCGUCAUCAAUCAGCUUCAGCCGGUCUUCAUUGAGCGACGGAAUAUUUAUGACACUCGAGAGAAAAAGUCGCGGAUUUACUCUUGGAAAGCGUUUGUCACAGCCCUCAUCGUGUCUGAGAUGCCAUAUCUGGUUGUCUGCGGAGUGCUUUAUUUUGUCUGUUGGUACUUCACAGUCGGCUUCCCUACCGAUCCCAGCAAAGCCGGCGCAAGCUUCUUUGUGGUUCUCAUAUACGAGUUCUUCUACACUGGACUGGGUCAAUUUAUAGCAGCAUACUCACCUAAUGCAGUGGCUGCUGCUCUUGCAAAUCCCCUGUGGAUUGGAAUCAUUGUUUCAUUCAAUGGAAUAUUGGUACCUUACGACCAGCUUGUCGUGUUUUGGAAAUACUGGAUGUAUUGGCUGAACCCAUUGACCUACAUGGUCGGAAGCAUGCUCACUUUCACCAUUUUCGAUGCAGAUGUGACCUGCACUGAUGCAGAGUUUGCAAUCUUGGAUCCUCCCCCCAACAUGACCUGUUUCGACUAUCUGGAAAAUUACCUCGACAAGUCUGGCGCAAACCUAUUCAAUCCCACGGACUCUGCAGAUUGUCGUGUCUGCCAGUACACCAAGGGAAGUGAUUACCUCCGUACUAUUAAUCUAAACGAUUGGUAUUACGGGUGGAGAGAUGCUGCUAUAUUCGUCAUCUUUAUUCUUAGUUCGUAUGGUCUGGUGUUCCUUUUCAUGAAACUGAAGACCAAAUCUUCCAAGAAGGCCCAAUAA